AUGGCCAACGGUAGGGGCAGCUCCUGUCUUCGAUCGGUGCUGCUGGGUGUCUUUGCUUAUUGCCUGGGUGCGCUGACGGUUGUGUACUGCGAUGCCGCGUUCGGUUCACGCCGAGAAGGGCGAGGCAGCCACAAAGUCCUUGAGGACAACUCCACUGCUGAGGCCAGCGCGCUGCAGGCCGAGUCUCGGAGGCAGCCGGAGGCCGGGACCACAACGACGGAAGCUGCGAAUGUGGGACCGGCCACCAAGGACGACAAGGAACCAAAGGACCCACAGCCUUCGCCUCAACUGCUGAAGUCUGCGCUGCGUGUCAGACACUCCGGGCCGCAAGGGCUCAAGUUCAUCCAUAUCAGCAAGACAGGUGGGACCUCCAUCGAAGAAUUGGGCAUACACUUGCCUGAGCAGCUGCACUGGGGUGCUUGGGACCGCGCCGAGUAUGGCUACCAGCACGGUGCAUUCAGGUUCUUUCCACCAGCGAAACGCCAAAAGUAUGACUGGUUCCUGGUGAGCCGAAACCCUGUCGACCGCUUCGUCUCCGAGUAUCACUGUGGCUUCGAGGGCGUGAACUACAUGCAGUCCAGAUUCCACACCCAGAAAGACUUCAAUGAUUGGAUUCAGGGCAGGCUCCGUCAAGGUGGAACACCCGGCGGCCACUUUAUCAUGAUGACGGAUUACCUCGAUGCGGAUCCCAAUGUCACCCAGCACAUUGUCCGCUUCGAGAACUUGGAUGCUGAUUUGCGCUUUGUGCUUGGACUUUACAACAUUACCCUCAAAAGACUCCGCCAUGACAAUGGUGGGGGGAAGAGAAUGUUCACGAAGCGGAAUAUCAGCAACGAGACGCUGGCUUACAUUCGUGCCUACUAUGCUGCGGACUUUGUCAACUUCGGCUACCCACUUCCAAUGACCUGA